AUGGUUCGUGUUAAACGUCGUUAUUUUGUUUUUCAAUUUCAUUUUCAUUCAAAACCAUUAAAUAUUAUUAAAUCAUCAAAUAUUCAUACAACAUUUGAAACAAUGAUUGCUCGAUUAUAUGGUGAUAUUGGUGUAGCUCGUUUUAUACGAAAUCUUUCAGUUAUUUAUUAUAAUCCAUCAACACAUACUGCUAUUGUUCGUUGUCUUCGUGAUGAUAAACAUAUGUUACAAACAACAGCAACAUUUAUUUCAAAAUUAAUACUUAAUGAUCCUAUUGAAUGUUCAAUACAAACACUUCAUGUUGGUGGAAGUAUUAGACAAUGUAAAAAAUAUUUAAUUAAUUAUUCUAUUGAACAAUUAUUAGCAAUUAAUUCACAAUUAAUUCAACAAAAUCAAACACAAUUAACACCACAAAUAUUAUUUAAAAGUAAAAAAAAGAAAACAAAUAAUCAACAAAAUCAACAUUCAAUGGAUAUUGAUCAGGAUAAACAAUUAGCAUUACAAAAACUAUUAGCAGAUAGUCGAAUUGAAUCAAAUUCUAUUGUUGUAUUUAAAAAUAAUAAUAUUGAUGAUAAUGAUGAUCUCGGAAAAAGAAAACGAGAUGAUGAAUAA